CACCAAUUCAAAUUUCUUUUCUCUAAUCAAAACUUUAUAUAUAUUUGACAAAGUCAAAUGAAAUUAAGCCAUUGAGUUCAAUAUAACAUGGAAGAUUGGAGUUUGCAGGCCAUAGUCCGAGGAUCGAGCGGCGAGUUCGGGAUGAUCGGCGACAUGGAAGUGGACGGUCCAGAUUCAUUCUUGACCUCCGAUCACCAAUUAUUCGAUCAUAAUUUUCGCGCCAGUUUUCCCGAUAUCUUCGAGAGCUUCCCGGGCUCGUCCGGCGACGAGCUUGAGGAGCUUUACAAGCCGUUUUAUCCGGCAACUUCUCUUCCCGAUCACACGGCCGCCGAGUCUCAGCCACAAAAUGCUGACCAAUCCGAUCAGUCGUCGGUCUCCAGCCCCGUUGCUGGCGCCAACCCCGUUUACACGCCCAAGUACAAGAAAAGGAAGAAUCAGCAUAAGAGAGUUGUGAUUCAAGUUUCAGCUGAGAAUCUGUCUUCGGACAUGUGGGCUUGGCGCAAAUACGGCCAAAAACCCAUCAAGGGAUCGCCUUAUCCAAGAAGCUAUUACAGAUGUAGCAGUUCAAAGGGGUGUUUGGCAAGAAAACAAGUGGAGCAAAGCUGUACGGACCCAGGGAUGUUCAUAAUCACCUACACGGCGGAGCACAGCCACAGCCAACCCACGCGCCGGAAUUCCUUAGCAGGCACCGUCAGGCAGAAGUUCCCAUCUCCCAAGCAAGCGGAGAAAUCUCAGCUGCAGCAGCAAACUGAAAUGAACAUGAAGCCGAGGGUCAAAGUGGAGGAGAAGGCUCACAGCUCCGACGAUUUUGUUUUCAACGAGGAUUUCUUUUCCGGGCUAGAAGAGUUUGAUGAGUUCGCGCAGCCAUUUCGUUCGAGGCCUUGUAGCUGGGCGUAGGACUUGCUCAUUAAACAUAAUUGGUUGAAAUAUUUGCAUAUUAACAUGUAUGCAGCUGUGUAUGUUACGGUUUCAGUAUAAGAGAAAGGGGAUGUAAUUAUAAACUUUAAUCUUUACAUGCAUCAUUCAAACAUUAUUACUGCUA